AUGUCUGGGUUAAGUAUCAACUUUGAGAAGUCUAGCUUGAUCCCGGUUAAUUGUGAGCCAGACUGGGUACAACGGAUGUGCAGCGUUUUGGGGUGCAAGGCGGCAGUACUACCUGUGAAGUACCUUGGUGUCAAUCUAGGGGCGAAUCCGUGGCUUUUGAAAACAUGGAAACCAGUGAUUGAUAAGGUUGAAGAGAAGCUUAGCCUAUGGAAAGCGAAGGUGUUAAAUAAAACUGAUAAAUUGGUUCUUAUAAAAUCUAUUCUCAAUAGCUUGCCAGUUUAUUAUCUUAGCUUGUAUAAGAUGCCGAAGGCGGUUGUAGAAAAGUUAAUUACUUUACAGAGAAUAUUUCUUUGGGGAAAGGAGGAUGGUAAACCUGGGAUUGCUCAAGUUAAAUGGGAAGUAGUACAGGCACCUAAGAAGGUAUUACAGGAAGAAAGGCUACCGGAGGAUAUAUCAAGCUAUAGUUUCACUAAAGCUAUUUGGAAAGGGCUGGUUCCACCUCGAGUUGAAGUUUUUACUUGGUUUGUAUUAAUUGGUAGAGUGAAUACUAAAGAUAGGCUGAGUAGGUCUGGUGUAAUUGAAUCUAGUGACAAUUUGUGUGUGCUAUGUGGUAAGGACAUAGAGAGUGUAUACCAUUUGUUUGUUGCUUGUGAGUUUUUGUGGCAGCUGUAG